GUGCAGAGUGCACGGCCGACACCGUGAAGACCGUGAGCGUGUCUGGUGGACUGUAUGUGUACAUGGAGCCUACAUGUGUGAACCUCUUCUUCUUCAACGGCCAAGAUGCGAAAUUCUGUCAGCUGGCAUGCUGGGAAGCUGGCGUGGGCUAUGAAGGCGACGACUGCUCCUACGGCCUGUGGCAUGGCGAACGGCCGUGCAACUACGAUUACGAGCGUGUGCGCUUCGCCACAGCUGAGAAGAUGUUUUGCAAUGAGAAGUUGGAGAACUACGGGUGCCAAUACAACGACGAGCAUGUUUGGACUCCGGAGACUUGCUCCUACGAGGUCAUUGUCCACGAGGAUGGAUUGGUCAGUUCCAAUUGGACAAGCAAGACCAAGCAGAAUAAGAUCAAAGUCUAUUGGCAGGACCGCUUGUAUCAGUAUCCAAAAGUAGACAACGGCCAAUGCCCAUCAGGCUGUGUGGUAGCUGAUACGGCGUGCUCUUGCGACAUGACAGUCGAAACCAGGGUGGCUUUCGCUUCCACACCGACGGCCAGUGAAGUUGCCAAGUUGAAGAUCGGGGCCGCCCCACCGAGCAUCGCUUGCUCCUCAAACUGUCAAGGUGAAGUGCGUACAUACUUUCUCAAGGGCCAGUUUGAUGAGAGCACCGUCUUUGAAUACGACGGAGCCUUCUACAAGAAUUCGGAAAGUGUGGUGAAGCUGGGCAGCUAUGAAUUUCGCAAUCCUCCAGUCUUCAUGCCAACGAACUAUGCUGAACCAAAGCACGCUUUGGCAGAGAUAGAAAGCUUGCUCGACCAUCUCUUCAACCAUCCAAAUACAGCCCCUUUCAUCAGCUACCGCUUAAUCCAGCGGUUUGCAAGCUCCAAUCCUUCCCCGGCAUUCGUGCUCGACGUGGCCACUGCGUUCAAAACUGGUCGCUACAACGGCAAAGUGUACUCUGGGAAGUACGGGGACUUGGGUGCCACGUUCGCGGCCAUUUUGCUGCAUCCUGAAGCCCGAGGCCAAAGCACGCCUUCCAAUGGAGCACUCAGAGAGCCUCUUCUGAAGCUGAUGCAUUUGAUGCGAGCCAUGGAGUACAAAGACCAGGCGGAGAGGAUCGUCAUGAUUCAAAACUUGCAAGACAAGAUCGGUCAGUGGCCUUUCAACCAUCCAUCGGUAUUCAACUACUACCUGCCGGAUUUCAAGCCAGACAAUUUCCCGCAAGGAAUGGUUGCACCGGAGUUUCAGAUUUUCACUCCACCCAUGGCUAUCAGUUUCAUCAACGGACUAGCCUCCUUGAUCGAUUACGGGCUGGGCGAGUGUGGGCGAGGCUUUGGCUUCUGGUCAAGCAAUUGCUCACACGGUGUACUCCAUGUGGGGGAGUUCGAAUGCCUUCAACCCACAAUUGAGCAGAUGGACCUCCUCCUUACGGGUGGGCGAUUGCACAACAAGGAGUUUAUCAAAGCCGCAUAUCAAGAGGCCGACGGAGCGGACCGGUACAAGGUGGCGCAGAAGGCGGUCAUCCUCAGUCCAGAGUUCAACAUUCUGGGCAGCUCGCUUCCGCUCGGACCGCGUCCUCCUCCGGUACCAAAGCCUGAGCAGCAGCCCCGAGACUACAAAGCAUUGAUUAUGGUGUUUUUGAACGGCGGCGCUGACAGCUACAACAUGCUCGUUCCGGUUAAUUGCCCUCUCUAUGAUGAGUAUCGCACCGUGCGCGAAAACAUUGCCAUGAAUGUUGAGGACCUAAACCUAAUCGAUGCCAACAAUCAGAACUGCUCGCAGUUCGGAAUUCACUUCGCCUUGCCGACUUUCAAAGAGCUGUACGACAGCAAAGAAUUGGCAUUUGUUGCCAAUGUUGGCUCCCUGGUCGAAGCCAUGGACAGAACAAAAUGGAGAUCUGGAUCUGGUGAGAAUUGUGUUGGCCUCUUCUCUCAUUCAGACCAGCAACGUGCAGCCCAGACAUUGACUUGCCAUUUGGCCUCCGCCUCUUCCAAGGGUGCUGGAGGCAGGAUUGCCGACGCGUUAGCUGGCGGCAGCAGUGCGAUGAAAACCAUGUCCUUCAGCGUUGCCGGAUCGCAGCCGUGGCCCCAAGGCGUCGAGACCAAUGCGGAAAUCAUCAAUAACGGUCAGCCCAUUGGCAUCGAGAAAAGAGAGCAGCUGCAAGUUGUCAUUGACAAUAUCACCAGCAUCCGGCAUGGAAACAUCUAUGGCGAAGAGUACAAUCAGCAAUUGUCUGCAGCUUUGGCCUUCAAUGAGCAACUCAGAAAAAGCUUGAAGAAUGUGGAGUUGAAGACAUCGUUCUCGACGGAUGGCCGCGGGCUGACCCGACAGUUGAAGGAGGUGGCUCGAUUGAUGGCAUCCCGGGCUGAGAGAAAGGUGGAGAGGGAUUUGUUCUUCGUGCAGCUUGGAGGCUUCGAUACACAUGCAAGCGUAGAAUGGAAUCUCAGGCGUCGUUUUGAGGAAGUGGAUCAUGGGUUCAAGCGGUUCGUUGCAGAGCUCAAAGCCCAAGGGAUCUUUGAUUCCACUGUUAUGGUCACACACUCCGAUUUCGCUCGCACGCUGACGCCCAACAGUGGACAAGGCUCAGACCAUGCAUGGGGUGGGAACUACAUCGUCGCCGGCGGUGCUGUCCAGGGCGGCAAUAUCUUCAAUUCCUUUCCUAAGUCCUUCUUGCCCGGAGCUGAGCAAGAUGCCGGUCGAGGACGGCUCAUCCCGAAGCACCCAUGGGAAAACUUCAUGCGGCCAGUUGCCGAAUGGGUCGGACUCGAUGAGUCACAGCUCUCUGAGGUGUUUCCGAAUAUUGGGAACUUCGACUCAUCCCAUUUCAUCGAUAAGGCUUCAUUGUUCAAAUGA